AUGGUUAUUCCCACUUCAACUCCCUCUUCGAGAGCCGACAGCCCUCAACGGUCCAGUGUCGGCAGCCCGCUCGAAACUCCGAGUGUCCUGGAGACGCCGGCAACAGAGGUCGGAGACCCAUUCGACAAUAUCGGCGAACUGUUGCGCAGGCUCCCUUCCGAAAGCCACAUUCUAGUGACUGGCGGCCUCGGCUUCAUUGGAAGUCACACCACAUUGGAGCUGCUGAAGGCCAACUACAAUGUCAUUGUGAUCGACAACCUCAGCAACUCAUUCGAGGUUGUUUUCGACCGCAUUAGCCUCCUGGCAAAGAAGCACCACGAGGAAAAUGGCACCAAGAUGCCGUCUCUGCGUUUGCAUGCUCACGAUUACCGUGACACCAAAGCUCUUCAGCCGCUCCUCGAGGAGUACCGGUUGCCGUCUCGAUGGGGAACUGCAAAGUCCAGAAUUGGUGGAGUCAUCCACUUUGCGGCUUAUAAAGCCGUCGAAGAGAGCAUUCGCAAGCCACUAAAGUAUUACUCCAACAACGUCAGCGGUCUUGUUGACUUUGCCACAACUCUCGGGGACUUCGGUAUCAAGACUUUUAUCUUCUCGUCCUCUGCCACCGUAUACGGCACUCUUGCAACUUCAGGUUUGCCUUUGAAGGAAGAGCUCUGCGUGCACAAGGAAGAAGUGUACACAGACCACGCCGGCGCGAAGCAAGCCAUGCAGCCAGGAUGUACCGGAAUCACCAAUCCGUACGGACGCACAAAAUGGAUGUGCGAAACCAUCUUGGCGGACUUGGCUGCAUCAGAUGCCGAGUGGACCAUUGUUGCUCUUCGCUAUUUCAACCCCGUUGGCUGCGAUUCGUCCGGCCUUUUGGGUGAGGACCCGCGACAGGCUCCAACGAAUCUGCUCCCGGUCGUCGUCAAGGUCAUGACAGGUCAAUAUUCCGAGCUUUCAAUGUUCGGAACAGACUGGGAAACCGAGGAUGGUACCGCUGUCCGUGACUUCAUUCACGUUAGCGAUCUGGCUCGUGGCCACAUCGCCGCCCUCAGCUCGGCCAACGAGGGCAAGCUGUCUGAGAAUUUCCGCACAUUCAACUUGGGAACUGGCAAGGGAAACUCCGUUAUGGACGUGGUCACCACCAUGGAGUCUGUUAUCGAGAAGCCCAUUCCUCGACGGGCGGCGCCGCGUCGGGAAGGUGACGUGGGAGCCUGCGUUGCGGUUGUUGACCGGUCGACCGAAGAGCUUCAGUGGAAGACACAAAAAAGCCUGAAGGACGCAUGCCAGGAUAUCUGCAACUUUUUGGACGUCAGUGGUUUGUCCUCAUGA